AUGCCUAGUAAGCGCGAGUCAUCAGCUCGCGUUGAUUACGUCCCUGCCCUUUGUACACACCGCCCGUCGCUCCUACCGAUUGGGUGUGCUGGUGAAGUGUUCGGAUUGACUUUGACUGGGGCAACCUGGUCAUGGUUGAGAAGUUCAUUAAACCCUCCCACCUAG